AUGGUGUCCACAGCUCAGGCGUGCUCCCUGGACGUGGUCUUUGUCCUGGACAGUUCGGAGAGCGUCAAGACGUUUCUGUUCCAGCAGGAGAAGGCCUUUGUGUUACGGUUCAGCACCCAACUGUCCCUGCUGCAGGUCCCGUCCUGGUCCGUGCGCCUGCGGAUGGGCGCGCUCCACUACAGCAACUCUGUGUCCGUGGACCGCCCGCUCUCCGUCUGGACCGACCUUGACUCAUUCCAGGACGCAGUCAGCACCAUGCGGCACAUCGGCCAGGGCACCUACACCAGCCACGCCCUGACCAACGCCUCGGCCCUGCUGCGGAGCGAAAGCGCGGCCGGCAGUGUGCGAGUGCUCCUGCUGCUGACCGACGGCCUGGACCACCCCCGCAGCCCUGACCCUGCCCCCGCCGCCGACCGCCUCAAAGCCCAGGGAGUCCGGGUCUUCACCGUGGGGCUGUCUGGACUCGCACAGAGCGCACACAACCACGCCAAGCUCAGGGCCCUGGCCAGCUCCCCGCCACAGCAGUUUGUGCACAGUCUGCUGGAGCCGGGGCUGGAGGAGAAGCUGCUCACGGAGAUGAGGGAGGUGGCAGUGGAAGAAUGUGGUCGUGCUCAUGUUUGUCUGUGUCAGCGAGGAGAGCGAGGUUCUCCCGGGAGUCAAGGUCUGAAGGGAAAGUCUGGGUACAGAGGUGAACCAGGUCUGAAGGGCUCCAGGGGGGAGGCCGGUCGCAGUGGAACCCCAGGCAGCAAAGGCGCCCAGGGAGACCAGGGCCCUAGUGGGACUCCUGGAGCUCCGGGGGACAGUGAGAUCGGCUUUCCAGGACCUAAGGUGAAGGGUCCCCGGGAGCACCUGGACCUGAAGGGAAUCCGGGAACUACGAGGGAGGGGCUUCCGGGUCCCAAGGCAAGUGGAGGAGAUGGAGGGCUCCCAGGUCCUAAAGGCAGCAGAGGACUUCCGGGUGCCGGCCCCAAAGGAGACCAGGGCAGCCGUGGUGCCCCUGGUCCCCCUGGUCCGCCCGGUGCUGCUGGUGUUGGACCUGAAGGUGAAAAGGGAGACCAAGGCCCAGGUGGAGCUCCAGGCCCCAAAGGAACUCGAGCCACUGGCACACCAGGGCCGAAGGGAAACGUUGGGCCUUUGGGUGAGAAGGGUGAGCCAGGAGGGAGGGGUUUUGGUCGACCUGGGUCUACGGGAGAGGCGGGGCUACCGGGUCUCCGAGGACCAGACGGAGCUCCGGGUAAAGGAGAUCCUGGAGACAAGGGACACCAAGGGGACAGAGGCUCCAGUGGACAGUCUGGACCUGUGGGACUCAGGGGUCCUAAGGGGCCAAAGGGAGAUCUGGGAGUUCUUGGUCCCCCAGGACCCUUCGGAGCCCCUGGUCGAGGCCUCCCAGGAGCUAAGGGUGAGCCUGGAGCCCAGGGUGCAGCUGGAGCAGAGGGAGAGCCUGGUGUAG